AUGAACGACAACGACUUUGAAAUGAUUGAUGCUUUGGUGUGUGAAAGUCCGGGGAAGGAUCAGCUGGUCAACCAGAUGUCAUCUGAAAUGGCUACUUUAGAUGUUGCUGAUGACGAUGAUGGAUCUUUCUCCAUGAUUUCAUCUGUUGUACCGGUAGAGGGGUCCCGUGGAAACCACAACCACAACGACGAUCACUGUCCACAAAAAUUCGAGAAGGACAUGUCAACAGAUGAUGGUGGUGACGAGAAGAGCUUCGCCUCUUGGUCUCACAUCAAUAGCCUGGUCAGUGAGAUCCGUGUUAAUAAUAUUGGGGUACCCAGCGCUGGAUCCAAGAUCAUUCUACAAGACAUGGUGUCCCUCGAUGAUACAAAUGCAGUGUGUCGAAUGGUGGGACAUGGAUGCAGUGACGAGAGUUCGGUUGUCUCGGAGCUGACCACCAAUCUGAUUGCGGUGGAAAAAGACAGCGAGCCCAAGCCAUUGGCCUGUCCCAAAUGUUAUUUAAUCAGCUCGGGAAAUGGCAUGGUCCGUUGCCGUGCGUGCGGUGGAUCCAUGGUCGACAAGAUAUUGGAGCAGGUCCGAAUGGAACUCCUUCCUUGUCCGCACUGCACCUUUUGCAAUCCUCUUCAUGCGGCAAUCUGCGAGUGCUGUGGUGGAUCCGUCCAGAGUGUUGUUACAACCCCAACGUCGUCGCCCGACGAAGAACUGGCGCUACAGCUGCAGAUGCAGGAAAGCGACCCAUAUUCCGAGGACGAUCCACAACUCGCACAAAUGUUACAACUACAAGAAAUGGAUACCCGUGGGUGUCCUCAAUGCACCUUUCUCAAUCGAGCCACAUCCAAGCUCUGCGAAUGCUGUGGUGCAGAUUUGUACUGCCACUCGGAUGAGUUGUUCAUGGAUUCGUCCUUGGUGGAUGUUCCAAUGACGCGGACUGAGUGGUUCAUGGAGUCCUUGGCGGGCUUUGUCCUUGAGGUGCAUCGUGGUGGUUCCAAGGUACAAGCCUGCAGCGGCACGGCAUAUCAAAACUUUCUCGAGGGCUUCUUGCAACAAUAUGUCGACAAGGCUCGCUUGGAUGGCAGGACCAACCUGGUACUGGUCUAUCAUUUUGGCGGUCGCGACAUUGUCACAAUGCAAAAGGAAGGGCUGCAUCCAAGUGCCAUUGUGAGUCGCAACUUGGAGGCCGCCUACACGAAUCCUGGACUCGAUCGUCCUACUACGACACGGAGACAGCGACAAAAGACGAUCUCGGCCACGUUGAAACCCAUUGACGAAGACGACUCUGCGUUACCCAAGGGCCACCGGGGUUGGAUUGUGGCCACGUUGGAGAGCCCCGAGGGCAGUCCCGAUGGUAGGGCGGUGCAUGUUUCCAGCCUGUCCGCCACGGUGUAUAGGAUUCCACGUGAGCAAAGGGCUCUUCCGUUGGUGUACUUUGAUCCUGGUCUUCGGAACGACGAUGUGAUUCGAAAGCUCUUGAAUGGCUUGUAUAGGAUCUGCAGCGGCGCGCUGAACAACAAGCGAAAUCAAUGCUGGAUGGCUACCUAA